AUGGCUUCUCAAGAGACUCCCCAAGUCACCGAAAAGACUGCGGCGCCUGUUGCAGUGCCUGCCCCGACACAUGCUCUUCCCCAAGAGCUGGUUGCUGCUGGAUACCAGCCGUAUUACCAGCCCUACCCAGGCCAGCAACCCGUAUUACCACUUCCGGAGGAGACGAAGAAGGCCGCAUUCACGAGAGUGGGAUUCCAUGCUGCUGGUGUUCUUCUAGGCGCUAUCGGCCUGGGCCUCUCGUUGGCGUCUCUGCAGAAUGGCAACAUCAGCGGUGCCAUUGCUGCAGCCCCUUCUGCCGGUAUUGCCAUGCUGUGGAGUCUUGCGGAAGUGAUUACGAGAGCUGUUCGGAAAUUCAAAAAGGGUAUUCACCCUGGCGCGCAUGUCGGCAUGUGUCUCAUCCUCUGGAUGCUUUCCAGCAUCUUGGGCGGCAUUCUCUGCACAUACGUCGCUCUGAAUCCCUACCAAGAUGAUGAAGAAGACUGCGGCACCUAUACUUACUCCGACAGCAACGGGAACCUGCACACAGUAAGUGGCAGUGACAGUUGUGAUCCAUACAGGGACACAUAUCCCCGUGGCAAGGUUCUCGGUGCUGCCGUCAUCACUUGCCUAAUCUUUGGGCUGUACUUUGGCCUCUUCAUCGACGCUUGCAUCAACACUCACCGACGCAAUGUCGCCGCCAGACGUCCCAUCAUGAUGAUUGCACAGCCGCAAAACUGGCCUGCUGCCACUCAGGGAUGGCAACCGAUGCAAAACGACGCUUCUACCGAGGCUGUCCAGAUGCAGCCUCCUGCCGCCACCCAGGGGCCCGCGAUCAGGGAGUUUUACGCUCCUGCUUGA